AUGCCGAUUAUGGCACCCCGGCGUCGCUCCCUCCCACCCAAGGCAGCAGCCUCGUCCACCACACUGCCCAGCUCCUCCCUCAAGGCUCCAGCAGCAGUCACAGGCCUCACAACCCCGUCAUCGUCGUCCUAUGCGACGGCGGGAGGAACUUCCCCCGCCGCCGGCAGCUCCAGCAAGUUGUACACCAAUGCCGCCAACGCCCUCGCCAAAAUGACGGUCGAGCUCGGCCUACGCGCUGUCGCUAACCAGGCGGAGCGGCUCGAGCGCGAGCUCAAGGACGUAGUCGCGGCGACAGCCCGCGACGACGCGUUCCGGCGCGAGCACGAGCGCCGCCUCGCCGACAUGACGCGCGAGGUGCUCGCCGUCAAGGCUCGUAUCGACGAGGCGCCCAGGGGCGGCGGCAGCGCCGACGUCGAGCUCCUGCUAGAGCGCAGCCGCCGUGAGGCCGCCGAGUUCCGCGAGCAGCUCCGCAAGGAGAUGGGCGACCUCCGGUCCAUGAUGAAUUCGGUUGCUGCGCAGCUGGAUUCGUUCCCGUCGCCGGCGGAGGCGGAGGCGAUGCUCGCGAGCGGCGUUGCGGGUAACCAUUUCAUGGGGCCGCGUGCCUCGAUGGCUGGCAAGGGUUUUGCCUCCGUGUGCCGCACAGACUGCUCCGUUCAGGCACCCAAGCGGCGCAUUCAAGAGGCCAUCAGCUCCACCCGGCGGUGGCACAGCGACCACAAGACGUCGCGCCUCCCGGACGCCGAGUUCGUCGCCAACUACCUCAAGCAGCAGUCCAAGCGCGACCCGGGCAUGGCCGUCUUCAUCCAGCGUGCCAUCCAGCGCCGCCUGCAGGCGACGAGGCGGCGGCGCUUGAGCUCCCGCCCCCGCUCGCUCGACGAGUUUUGCCGCGACGUGACCUGGCAGGACGUGGAGGAGGCGAUCGUGGACGCGCUGGUUCACCAUGAAAAGAGCGCCAUCAAGGCGCUACGCUGA